AUGAAAACUGAACCUAAAGAAAGCACUGAUUUACUAAGAACUAACAAGAAUAACGUUUUAAAAAUUGAACCAGAUGCAAGCUUAACAAACAAUGAAGAUUUACAAGGGCCUCCUGAUGGUGGUUUAAGAGCUUAUUUGAUAGUUGUUGGAUCGUUUAUAACAAAUGGGCUUUUGUUUGGAGUCAUCAAUUCAUACAGUGUGAUUUACACUGUUCUUCAAAAGCAACUUCAAAAUGAAAAUGUCCCAAAUUCGGAAAGUAAAGCAUCUCUGGUGGGGGCGCUGGCGAUGGGGACGACGUUCUUACUGUCGCCUCUUUCGGGUCUCUUGACCGGCUAUUUGGGUUUGCGGUCGACUGCAAUUCUGGGUGGGACCAUCGCUACGCUUGGUCUACUUCUGUCGUCCUUUGUCGUGGACCACGUGGACGCCCUAUGUUUCACAUAUGGCCUCAUGUACGGCUUGGGCGCCUCGCUUGCAUACACCCCGUCUCUGGCGAUCCUCGGCCACUACUUCAAGAAGUACUUGGGCCUCGUUAACGGAAUAGUCACUAUAGGAAGUUCGAUCUUCACAGUGAUCAUGCCCCCUAUAUUGGAGUUCAUAAUUAGGGACUACGGGCUGCAUUGGAUGUUCAGAGUUCUAUCAGCCUUCACCGCGGGCGUCGUGCUUUGCGGUCUACUGUUCAAGCCGAUACCACUGAUGAUAAUACAGAAGCCCGCGCGUAAACAUGACAACUUCAAAUCCCUCAUAAAAACGAUCGUUAGCGUACAAAUCUGGAGGAGGAGAAAGUACAGACUGUGGGCCCUCUGUAUGCCGAUCGCUUUGUUCGGCUACUUCGUGCCCUAUGUCCACAUCAAAAAGUAUAUAGGCGAGAAUUUCACGAAUGUCAACGACAAUCUACCAUUACAAUGCAUAGCGGUCACCUCGGGCGUGGGGAGGUUGACCUUCGGCUACUUGGCUGACAAGCCCGGUGUCAACAGGAUCUUGUUGCAGCAGAUUUCCUUCUACGUCAUCGGGACGUUGACGAUUUUCCUGGCCUUCGUGAAACACUUCGGUAUGCUGGUGGCAAUUUCGCUGGGCAUGGGCUUGUUUGACGGCGCGUUCAUCGCUCUUAUUGGUCCCAUAGCCUUCGAGCUAUGCGGCGCGGCGCAUGCAGCUCAAGCGAUAGGCUGCAUGCUCGGACUAGCCGCGACCCCCUUGUCUCUGGGCCCCCCCAUAGCCGGCUACAUCCGCCGCGUGUACAACUCAUACAAGUUGCCAUUCGUACUCGCCGGUAUCUCCCCACUGAUCGGUGCCACCGUGAUGUUCAGCAUUCACUACCAGGGGCGGGACUCGAACCGACCGGAGCCAGAGCCGGAAGCAAAUAGUCAUUCCUACCCAAGACCGCACGGACACGAAAAACGCCCAACAUCGUCGUUCCCAAAUAACAACGGCAGCAUUAACCAGCAAACGGUUUUA